CAUAACAGGAACAAAUUCCAGUGGAGUUUAAAGUGGAAAGAGUUUCCCAAGUAAAGCAGCUUUAAUACAAGGUUGAUAAUGCGUCGUGGCGGAACUGGCGAGGAAAAAGAUGCCGAUGAAGAAGUGCAACAAAUAUGCGAUGAGAUCAAGUCUCACGCUGAGGAGAAAGCUGGGCGGACGUUUGACGUUUUCAUUGCCAAAUCUUAUAAAACACAGGUUGUUGCGGGGAGAAAUUACUUCAUCAAGGUGCAUGUAGGUGGAGAUGACUUCAUACAUCUACGUGUUUAUAAAACCCUGCCUUGUUAUGGAGGAACAUUAAAUCUACAUGGAAUGCUGACAUCCAAGGCGCAUCAUGAUACUAUCGAAUAUUUCGAGUCAAAUCUUGAGAUAGCUUCCCAGUCAUAAUGAGUAUUUUCCACGGGGACGCAACACUGUCAUGCUUAUGACACAGAGUGGAACCUUAGUAAGAGCUAGCGACGAUUUUUGUUUAUUUUUCAAAAUUUCUAGUCUCCCGUUUCCAUCCGAGGAGGAGACAUUUGUAAGUGUUUUUAUGAUAUGAUGGGCUUAAGAAUAAAACACGUGUUUAAAAUUGAGGUUACAAGCAUACAACUACCUGCAAUGAAACUGGUUGUGAAAAAAGAAUUUGCAUUUUACAUUAAAAUCUUACUUAAGUUGAAUUUCCCAAGAAAACAAAAUUAACGUUUGGUCUGUCUAUCACAAUUUCUCUGUGUGCUUUGUAAAUAGAGAUACUGAUGUAGCUGAAAAGUUGGUUUGCCCUAUUUUCUGGUUUUCAUUUUAACAUAUACAGCAUUGCAUAAAAUUAAUAUAUUCAA